AUGAAUAAACUUUUCGCACUUUUUUUGGCCUUUGGACCAUUUUUUGCCUCCGCGGCUGGCCCAGUCGUCUUCGACGCAAAACUUUUGGCUAAUGGUGAUGACAGAUUUGUGUCCGUUUUACACGGUAACGCCCCUGUUCUAGAACUCGGCGCAGCAAAAAACCUGAGAUUUUUAUUUCUCGUACCCAAAUUGGGUGCCGAUUUCUCCGCUGGCUUCAAAUCUGGCCUCACCCCGAAGGCUCUCGACUUCCUCAAGCUUGCUGAGGGCGCUUCACUUCUCGGCCUGUUCGCCUUCUCUGACUGCAAAGAGUGGUUCGCAGUCGGCGUAAAAACACUUGAAGGAGGACUUGUCUUCGAAAAGUUCCUACAUGGCGCUAAAGGCGGAGCUCUCACUCCCCUCGGAGGUCUUGACCCUCUGGUCGACUUCCUCAAGGGUAAACUGACUGUUCCCGUUGUUGCUGCACUGCUUAAACUACUCCCAUCUCACCUUGUAGUACACAAACUUCAUGCAGCCUUUGCCCAUUUGUUGUAA